AUGGCGCCUUCCAAUAUACUUCUCACCGGAGCAACUGGGUUUAUAGGAGGAACAGUCUUGCACCGGCUACUCGACACCACUGAUGCUGCACUCAAGUCCCUAUCCAUAACAGCCGUUGUGCGCCGACCUGAUCAAGCAGACCUUCUUGCAGGCAAAGGAGUUCAAACGGUGCUCGUGAACGACCUGGGUGAUGCAGAUAGAUUAGAACAGGUGGCAAGCAGCCAUGACAUUGUUGUGAAUGUAGCCUCGGGUCAUCAUUCUGAUGCUCCCAAGGCACUAAUACGGGGUCUUCAAAAGAGAAGGGAAGAAACAGGGGCCGAUGUCCAUUUUCUUCACCUCUCUGGGACAACUAACAUCGCCGCGUCAUCAAUUACUCAGUCUCCCUUUGAAGUGCAGACAUUCUCUGAUAAAGAUAACAUCUAUGAGUAUGAGCUGCUUCGCGAAGCAAACCAAGCAUACGGCCAACGAACCGCCGAUGUCAACGUUAUUCAAACCGGUGAAAGUGCAAAUGUCAAGACGUACAUCGUGAUGCCACCUUCAGUCUAUGGCCGUGGCGAUGGCUGGUUCAAACGACAAUCACAUCAGAUCCCAACUUUGAUCAGAAAUGCAAUCACAACUGGUUAUUCGGAGCAUCUGAACGCAGGAACAACGAAUUCUGGCCAUGUCCACGUGGCUGAUCUUUCGAGUUUGUAUGCGCUGCUAUUGGAGAAGAUUCUCUCUGGAGUAGAUGUUCCUUUCGGCCGCAAUGGAUAUUACUUUUCAAGCACCGGGUCUCAUUCGUGGCUUGACGUGACGACACAGAUUGGAAAGAUAGGGUUUAACCUGGGCGCAUUGCAAUCGGCGACCCCGAGGUCAAUUAGUCUGGAAGAGGCGGCUGUGAAAUUGGCCGACGGAGACACUCAAUUCGCAGAGGCAUGCUUCUCAUCCAAUUCAAGCACUAAACCUGAAAAGGCUUAUGAGUUGGGUUGGAAACCUACGAGAACCGAACGCGAUUUUGAGGCUUCCAUUCAAGAGAGCUUUGAAGAUCUACUGGCCGGGGUUGUGUAG